GGGAAGCUCUGCUCAGAAGGUGGCUCGAGGCAGCCAGCAGCUGGGGGGGUGGAGGAGAGAGGAGCACGUGAGGGGGGGGUAGGGAGUUGGAGGGGUUGGUCCCCCCCACCGGCCCUUGGGCUCUGAUUCCCCCUCCCCCCCCAGCCCUGACCUGGGGCCCGGCUGGCCAUGGCCUUCGCCAACGCCGUCCUGCCCUCCAUCAGCAGCCUGGCCGGCUUCUGCCACUUCCAGGAGAAGCAGUCGGAGAUCCUCAAGUGGUGGAAGGUGGAAGAUGCCCCGGACCCCCCAGCGCCCGGCCCCACGGACCUGGCCCAGCCCCACGGCUCCCUGCAGCUCAAGCAAGGGGAUGAGGAGUCCUGCUGGGACCUGGACUUCCUGCUCAGCAAUUUCCCCAGCACGGAGGCCGGUGGCCCUGGCCCUGGCGGGGGGUUCGAGGCAGGGCCCGGGCUGUGCCAGGCGGACGCCUACACGGGGCAGAGCCCAGGCGGGUACACGGCGGGGGCUGGGCUCCCGGGCCCCACCAGCCUGGUAGCCGAGCUCCUGUUGGGGGACGAACCCCUGGGCUGCAGCUCGGCGCCUCCCGGCUAUGCCCGGGGGCAGGAAAAGGGGGGAGCUGGCACCUUUGGGGGGCAUUUGCUGGCAUACCCCUCCAGGCCGGACUGUGAGGCCCAGCCCCCCGGCGGGUGCGGGGAGCCCCGGCCCGUGGCCCUGCGGCAUGGCUACCAGCUGAUGUACGGGGGCUACGCCCCACUGGCCCCCACCCUGCUGGCCCGGGGCGCCCCCUACUGCCAGCUGCCUCAGCUGCCCCCCUACGGCCUGGGGGGCAGCUGCCAGGCCUCUCACAGCCAGUACCAAGGCUGGGUCCAGCUGUACCGGGGCAGCCCAGCUCUGCUGCCCUCCCCGGCGCCCGCGGGCUCCCUCGGCCUCCUGGCGCCGCCCGCCCCACCGCCCGGGAUGCUCCCGGCCAAGCCCAAGAGGAGCCGCAAGGCCUGGGCCCACAAGCGCCCCACCAGCCACACCUGCAGCCACCCCAGCUGCGGCAAGACCUAUACCAAGAGCUCCCACCUCAAGGCCCAUCUCCGCACCCACACAGGCGAGAAGCCGUACCACUGCACCUGGGAGGGCUGCGGCUGGAAGUUCGCCCGCUCGGACGAGCUGACGCGCCACUACCGCAAGCACACGGGGCAGCGCCCGUUCCAGUGCCGGCUGUGCCAGCGCGCCUUCUCCCGCUCCGACCACCUGGCCCUGCACAUGAAGAGACACAUGUAGUGACUGAGGCCACGCUGUGCCUGGCUCUGCCUGCGCCACGGACUGGUGCGUGGGCCUGUGACUGCCACGGACGCUCGGGGCCAGACGGGUGCUGGCCAGCAGCAGAAUUGGGGUGGGGGGGUGUUUAGGCUUCCUGUGGCUGAGGGGAAUGGACCUGGCGGGGGUGGGGGUUGUCUGAGUGCCCCUCUUGGAGGGCACUAGGGUGCUUGGGGGGCUGGUAGUUCCCCAGUGGGGGGGGUAGUGGAUGCACAGACCCAGCUUGGGGGAGGUAUUGUGCUGAUCCAGUGUGUGUGUCAAGGGGGGGUUUGAUCCUGGAUCUCCCCCCUUCAGCAGCCCCCCCCUUGGCCCUGGCCAGCUGCCCUUUGUCCAGUGCCAGCUGCUUCCUUGCUGUGGGGAACCCCUCCCCUCCUGGGGGUGCCUAGAACCCCUCCCCCGGGGAUCUGUCCUGCCUGUUGACGGUACCUGCAACUCACCCCCCUCAGAACCUGGCCUCUCAUGAGCGAUGCCUAGAACCCAACCUGCCUGCUCUUGUGGCACCUAGAACCCACUGUGCUGGAACCUGCCUGCUCUUGUGGCACCUAGAACCCACCGUGCUGGAACCUGCCGGCUCUUGUGGCACCUAGAACCCAACCCUCUGGAGAUCCCUCCUUAAAACCCCACCCUAGGGGGUCCCCUCUAGCACUGGGGCUGAGCAGGCAGCACCGAGGCAGGCGCCCCCUAGUGGCAGCGAGCGGUUUAAGCAGGUUUUCUUCAUUCCCCUUCAGCAGUGACCAGCAGCAGCUGCCUCCUUAUUCAAUGUCCGAGGGGGGUUGAGAUACUCAGACUUUAUAAACUGCAAGAGAUGGGGGGGUCCAGCAUCUUUCCCCUUUAGGGGGUGCUGGCUUUGCUCUGGCCCAGGGGCAGGGAACUGGCUGGCUGGGGGGUGGGGACUGGGCCAUGAGGCCUUUCCCUGCUAGGGGGAGCUGGCUCUGACUUACUUUAAUCAUUAAAGAACCAGAUGUAAUUUCUAGCUCCAUGAAAUGAGUUUGUGGGUCUCAGGCCCAUUCCCAUAAUCCUCCUGGCCUCACCCCGCUGCCCUUGCAGAGGCUGAACUGUUGUUAUCGCUCCCUGGUGCCCCAGCUCCUGUCACCCUCGGGGCAGGGGUGGGGAUUAGGCCAGGCCCGCGGGAGAUGGGGAGGAGAAGCGGUGGGGGUGGGAAGGGGGGGACUUCUCUGAAUGAACUGGCUCCAUUCAGAACAGCUGCUGGCCCUGGCCUCAUCUCACAGUGUAGCAACCAGACCUCCCACCUCAGCACACACAAGUUGUGCAACUCUUUGAAGGAGUAAAUUUACCCUCUGAGUAACUCUUUGCUGUUUCGGGGACCCAGUUCUUCUCUCUCCAUCCAUCAGUUCUGUAAAUCUGAUGCCUGUGACCAGAUUCCAUUUCUUUUCAGUGUGUUUCUCCCCCGUCUAGUGUGUCUCAUAUGCCUUAUACUGCCAUUGGUGAAUGGGGAUUCCCCUUGCUGUGUCUUCCAUGUGGAAUUCACACCCCACUGUGUCUGAACCUUUAACCCAGGAGAGGAUUGAAAUGAAGUUAUUUCUCCCCUGGCUCUUUGAAAGUGUGUCCUGGCGCAUUGAAAAGUAACAGCUGCCGGGGGUGACUCUGCCGAAGUAUCACGGAAGCGCUUCCCUAGCUUGGGGUCUCUGUCAGGCUGGGUGCUGCACAGUGAGGAACAGCUCCUGCUCUAUGUUGCCUCAGUUUCCCCUCUCAGCCCGUGUCUCUGAAUGUGAAAGGGACUUGCCCCAGCUCAGAGAUCAGGUCUGUGGCAGAGUGGGGAGGAGAACCCAGGAGUCCUGACUCCUGCUAGGGAGCCCUGGUCAUUCAGCCAGGCAGCCUCCCAGAGCCUAGUGAAUAAGAUUGAAUUUUGUUUAAUGACUGCAC